AUGGUACUUGAACAAGCUAACCAAUAUAAACAUGCAUAUGGUUGGGUUUUGUUCACUUUAUUGAUUCCUUAUUCACAUAGUGGUGGAAAACCAUUGCUCUCAGCACUUAGCUCCUUAGUUUUCAUUAUUUUUUGCUUCUGUGUGGUGCGUCCUAUCCUUCCUCCUUUCAUUGAACGCAAAACAGACUCUUAUUCAUGGGACAGGCCACAGUUCAUGGGUGUGUUGAUGGGAACUUUUGUUUGUGCAUUUAUCACAGAUUUUCUUGGCACACACCACAUUGUUGGGGCUUUUAUUUAUGGACUAAUCUUACCUCAUGGGAGGUUUGCUGAGUUGGUGAUGGAAAUGACAGAUGAUUUUGUUACUGGGGUUCUAUGCCCUAUCUACUUUGCUGGUUUUGGCUUAAAAAUCAACUAUUUAAUGAUUGUGACCCAGCCAAAAUGGCAUUUGAUGUUGCUCAUUAUGCUGCUGUUAUCCAUCCCUAAAGUUCUAAGCUCCUUAAUUACAACUUUCUUCUUUGGUAUGUCUGCUCGAGAUGGUAUAGGCAUUGGAUUGCUUCUCAACACUAAGGGCAUCAUGGCAUUGAUCCUGCUAAGCGUUGCCUGGGACAGAAAAAUUUUGAACUUAUAUGAUUUCACAAUCAUGAUGCUUGGUAUUAUAAUAAUGACUGUGCUGGUAUCUCCCUUGAUCAAUGCUACAUACAAGCCAAAAUUUCGAUUUAAGCAAUCACAGCUAAGAACUGUACAGAAGUUAAGGAGUGAUGUAGUGCUUAGAGUUGUUGCUUGUGUCCACAAUGCUUGCCAAGCCACCGCAAUGACACAUGUCCUUGAAACAGUAAAUGCCACAAGAAUUUCACCUUUACAUGUAUUUGCACUUCACCUUGUUGAACUCACUAGAUAUGGCACUGCUCUUCUUGUAGCCCAAAUGGAACAUUCAAAUUCAAAUGCACAUGGUGGAGAACAAAAACUCUCUGAAUCACAAGCAGAGUUUGAGAGCAUAACCAAUACAUUUGACGAAUUUGUAGAAGGGUACAAUGCUGUUAGAUUUGAGACAUCAAGUGUUGUGUCAACUUAUGAAACUAUCCAUGAAGAUAUAUACAACGUAGCAGAAGAGAAAUUUGCAAGCUUAAUUAUCCUUCCUUUUCACAAGGAGCUAAACUCAGAAGGUGUACUAGAAACAACUCACACUGCACAAAGUGACAUAAACAAAAGUGUUCUACAACAAUCACCAUGUUCUGUUGUGAUCUUUGUCGACCGUGGACUUGGAUCAUUAUUACAAACAAGUUUGAGGAUUGUUGUGAUCUUCAUUGGAGGACCGGAUGAUCGCGAAGCCUUAUCUAUAGCAUGGAGAAUGGCAGGGCAUUCAGGAAUUCAAUUGGAUGUGGUAAGAGUACUUUUGUUAGGUGAAGCUAAGGAAGAAGAAGAAGAAGAGAACACAAUGAACAAUGAUGCAAAUGAGUUAUUAUGUACAGUUAGGGAUAAUGGGGUACAGAAACAAAUGGAUGAUGAGUAUAUAUUUUCCUUCAGGCACAAGGCAAUGAACAAUAAUGAGUCAAUUGUUUAUUCAGAGGAAGAAGUGCAUACAGCAACAGGUGAAGAGAUUCCUUUACUACUCAAUGAGUUAGACAAAAAUGACUAUGAUUUGUACAUUGUUGGACAAAGUUGUGGUAGAAACUCUAGAGUUUUUUCCAAGUUGUUGGAAUGGUGUGACAAUCCUGAACUUGGGGUUAUAGGGGAUAUUGUAGCUUCAACAAGCUUUGGUACACGUGCUUCAUUGCUUGUUGUGCAGCAAUAUGAUUCUGGUUCAAAGCGUAAAACUCAACAUCAAAAGAAAUGUCACCAAAAGAAUGAUGGCCCUGAGAUGAUGUUGUGAAACACAGAUACAAAGAUUAGAUAUUGCAGAUUAAGGAAUGUUUUCUAUAAUCUUAAGACAA